AUGUCUGCCUACUGCGGGAAGUACGCUGGUGAGCAUUCUCCCGUCCUCUCCGUCGACCCCUCUCUCUCUCUCUAGCCGGCCUUCUUCCCCCUCGCUUUGAGGUGGACUCUGCAUUAUGGCGCCGGGACUCAUCCUUCUGACGAGUCUCGGAAGGUAAGGCCCAGGCCCGCCGGCACGUUGACUCCAUGAGUGUGCCUGUCUAGGGCAGCUUGCGGGUCUCCGGCGGAGUCCUAGCAGCGGCUAAGCACUUCCCCUCCGGGUUUCAAAUCGGGUUUCGGUUGUCUCCUCCCCCCACCGUGCACAAGCUCCGAAAAGUCUCCUGCUUGAUUAUUCUGGCGAUCAGAUUCCCUGUGUCGCUUGUUAUAAUAAUGGUUGGUCUGUUCUUGCAGAGGAGCUCAUCAAGAAUGCGGCUUACAUCGGGACGCCUGGGAAGGGAAUCCUUGCCGCCGACGAGUCGACUGGGACGAUCGGCAAGCGGCUGGCCAGCAUCAACGUCGAGAACGUGGAGUCCAAUAGGCGGGCCCUCCGCGAGCUCCUCUUCACCACACCGGGAGCGUUCGAAUGCCUCAGCGGAGUCAUCCUCUUCGAGGAGACCCUCUACCAGAACACCGCGGGUGGGAAACCUUUCGUGAAGAUCCUCAGCGAGGGGGGCGUGCUCCCCGGGAUCAAGGUCGACAAGGGCACGGUUGAGCUAGCCGGCACCGACGGCGAAACCACGACGCAGGGCCUCGACGAUCUCGGCAAGCGCUGCGCCAAGUAUUACGAAGCCGGGGCUCGCUUCGCCAAGUGGCGGGCCGUUCUAAAGAUUGGCCCAACCGAGCCGUCUCAGCUAGCCAUCAGCGAGAACGCCAAUGGGCUGGCGAGGUACGCCAUCAUCUGCCAGGAGAACGGCCUCGUCCCCAUCGUCGAACCUGAGAUCCUCGUCGAUGGGUCUCACGGAAUUGACAUCUGCGCGGCCGUGACGGAGAAGGUCCUUGCCGCCGUCUACAAGGCACUGAGCGACCACCAUGUGCUUCUGGAGGGCACCCUGCUGAAGCCCAACAUGGUCACCCCUGGCUCGGAGGCACAGAAGGUGGCGCCGGAAGUGGUAGCGCAGUACACAGUCCGGGCCCUGCAGAGGACUGUUCCGGCGGCUGUUCCUGCCAUCGUAUUCCUUUCCGGUGGGCAGAGCGAGGAGGAGGCCACGCUGAACCUCAAUGCGAUGAACCAGUUGGAGGGGAAGAAGCCAUGGUCGCUUACCUUCUCCUUCGGUCGUGCGCUGCAGCAGAGUACUUUGAAGGCGUGGGCUGGAAAGGAGGAGAACCUUGAUAAGGCACAGGCCGCCUUCCUGUCCAGGUGCAAAGCAAACUCUGCGGCCACUCUGGGGACCUACAAGGGGGAUGCCGCAAUGGGAGAGGCAGUCUCCGAGAGCCUUCACGUCAAAGACUACAAAUAUUGA